UCUUUAUUUAAUAACUGUUUUUAAAGCUUACAGGAUCGUUCUCGGGGUCAUGUUUUUCUGGAUUUAGACCUGGCUGCUUUUCCUUCCGUGUGUCUGAGCUCCGAGGAGAAAUAAUGCAUCGUUUACUUGUCGCAGCUGUUGUUUUGUGGGCUGCCACCGCUUCAGAGGGGAAAGCAGUCCCAUCGCCUCCUGAUUUUGGGCAAACCUAUCAUGUCAAAGGGGUAAUCUCUCUGCCCUAUGCUGAGAUUAAGGAGCCGUUCGAGGCCUGGUUUGAUCCAGCGGCAAAGUCCAGCCGAAUUGACUACUACAAUGGCCAGGUUUCUACUUUCCAGCUGGGGUUGGAGCAGCCGUUCGGCGCCUCCUACAAGAUCAGCCCCGAGACGACGGAAGAGGAGCUAAAUGUGAUGAAGUGCUUUCAGGUCAACGGUACGAAGGAAGAAGCGGUCACACCGCAGGCGGCGCUGCCCGACGUGGAGGGCUUCCAGUUCUUGAGGAUGGAGUACUUCGGAGGCUCCCUCUGUGAAGUCUGGCAGAAUGUGACCACUGUGGGCUACAAGAAGAACACGUACACACUGUGGGUUUCACAUUCAGAGGGAGGAGCGGGUUCCACCGCCACUCCCCUCCACUAUGAGAUGAUGGGCUACAACACGCUGCUGGGCUCCCAUUACGACAAGUAUCUGGUGGAUUACAAGCUGUUCAGCAAUGAAGUGGACCCGAAAGUCUUCUCACUGCCUGAAGGCAUGACUUGUGGAGGGUUUCCUGGACCGGGAGUGGAGCACCACAUGUUGGCCAACCCAAUGAAAGACCUCAUCCAUACCUCAGCUGUCGGCCACUCGCAGAACAUCUUCAACCAUUUCAAGGAAAAGUUCCAGCGUCAGUACAGCGACAAGCGAGAGCACGCCAAGAGGGAGCACGCGUUUGUCCACAACCUCCGGUACGUCCACUCCAAGAACAGAGCGGGCCUGUCCUUCACCCUCGCUCUGAACUCCCUGUCGGACCGCACCAUGUCGGAGCUUGCCACCAUGAGGGGGAGCAAACGAGGAAAGACCCCAAACAGAGGACUCCCCUUCCCCUCCAAACUGUAUGAGGGAGUCUCCGUACCGGAGUCUCUGGACUGGCGGCUUUACGGCGCCGUUACCCCGGUGAAGGACCAGGCCAUCUGCGGCUCCUGCUGGAGCUUUGCCACCACUGGAGCAGUAGAGGGCGCUCUCUUCCUGAAGACGGGCUCCCUGCAGGUCCUCUCCCAGCAGAUGCUCAUCGACUGUUCUUGGGGCUUCGGCAACAACGCCUGUGACGGAGGGGAGGAGUGGCGAGCGUACGAGUGGAUGAUGAAGCACGGCGGCAUCGCCACCACGGAGACCUACGGAGCGUAUAUGGGAAUGAACGGAUUCUGUCACCUGAACUCCUCCCAGCUCGUCGCAAAGAUCCAGAGCUACACGAACGUCACGUCCGGCGACGCAGAGGCUCUGAAGCUGGCGCUCUUCAAAAACGGACCAGCCGCCAUCAGCAUUGACGCCGCGCAUCGGUCCUUCGUUUUCUACAGUCACGGUGUCUAUUAUGAACCAGCCUGUGGUAACACCCCCGACGACCUGGACCACGCCGUGCUGGCGGUGGGAUACGGGACCUUACAGGGCGAGCCGUACUGGCUGGUGAAGAACUCCUGGUCCACCUACUGGGGCAACGACGGCUACAUCCUCAUGUCCAUGAAGGACAACAACUGCGGCGUCACCACCGACGCCACGUACGUCACGCUGGCGUAGACAGACUGAGUGAAGCUGUUGAAGCCACUUUACGUGCCUGAGGCACUUGCAGGUCCGAGGCCGAGCUUAUUUAGUGUGAAGAAGAAAGUCAAAACAGUGUUUUUACCAAAUGUGUUGUUCCAAUUUGUGAUUUUUGCUGAAAUAUUGAAUAAAUUUUUUAACUUUAGCUUCACAGUCUUCACCAUGAAGUCUAAUAUAUCCUGCAAGUCGCUCUCUGAUCAGUGUGACGCAGCCUGCAUCGAGCUGAGCUGAUGAUGAUGGAAAUAACGUCCUAAAUGUUGUCGAAUGUUCAAGCGAUCCACGGAAAACAAAACCGUACGCAGACAGCGCUCACUUUUUCAGGCAAGUUUAUUGCUGGAGGGGCGUGAACACAAAGCCUUAAUGUCCGUCAAACACAGUCUGUGACACAUUUCAUGUAGAAAAAAUUGUCGGGGCACAAAGCCCUCAGUUUAGAUGACCAGCUGGCUGGACCCUCACUGUGUUAUAUCCCCCCCCCCGCUUCCUGUCGAAUCUCAAAGUCUCUUAAAACUGUUGCAUGCAACAAAGAAUCAUCUCAAUAAAGAACUGACACUUUUUUUUUUUCCCCCAUCUGUUGUAAUGUCU